AUAUUCAGUUGGUAUGAAGGCGGACUUUUAUAUUCAAGUAAAGGAAGAAAUUACGAUUGAAGAGCAAGACUUACCUGCGCUGGUAAAAAUGGAAGAGGAAGCCAGUAGUGAUCGAAGAAGCAGUGAAACUACAUAUGAACCAGCUGUGAAUGCUGCUCAAAUAAAUCAACACUCCUGUAAUAUUUGCUCGAGAUGUUUUAUAAAUAAGUCAAAUUUAAAUAGUCAUUUAAAUGAGUGUCAUGCAGAAGGUGGGCCUUUCCAAUGCAAUAUUUGCGGUUUAAUGUGUAAGCAAAAAAGAUAUUGCGUUGGAAUGCAGCCGAACUUUUAUAUGCAAGUAAAGGAAGAAAUUAAAAUUGAAGAACAGGACUUGUCCGGCCUGGUAAAAAUUGAAGACGAAGCCAGUAGUGAGUCUACAUAUGAACAAGCUGCGAAUGCUGCUCAAGGUGGGAAAAUUACAGCUGAAGAGGAAGAAUUGCCGGUGCUGAUAAAAACUGAAGACGAACUAACCAGUAAUCUAAGUAGCACUCAAACCACAGAUCCACAAGCUGCGAGGACUAAACUAAAAAAAUAUAAGUUACGAAUAAAGAGCCGCUAUAGAAAAUCCCGAAACGCUGCAGAACUCAAGAGCCAAAAAGUAUCGAAUCAAGCAAAACCAGCGCGAUAUUCAUGUUCCACUUGCGACAAAAACUAUUCAUCCAGGACAUUCUUGGCGAAACAUCGACAGCAAUGCGGCAUGAAAAAUUUUGAAGCCCCCAAACGAAGGCCAUAUCGAGUGCCACGCGAAUGCAGUAAAUGCUCUAAAACAUUCUUAACAGUAAAGGAGCUGAAGAUGCAUCAAAAGCAGCAUGGUUCUCUAGAGCCUGACGAAGAGCACACGUACCAACAUGACGAGGAAUCGGAUUUGUAUAUUUGCCAAACGUGUUCAGCCGAGUUUCAGUUCAGUUCUGAAGCGGAAAAGCACAUAACGGUUCACAAACAGCAGAAUUUCGCUUGCUUAAGAUGUACGGGAAAAUUCAAGUCGCUUCGAGCACUGUUUUGUCAUAUGGAAAAUCACCCGGAAGCGAAUAAAAUCCCCUGUCCAAUGUGUUCUUUUAAAGCCGAUACGACCAAGAAGCUGUUGAGCCAUUUAACAUCCAGCCACAUGGACACAAAUGUAUGCCAGAAAUGCGAAAAAACAUUCAACAAUCGAGCGAAUUUUCGCAAGCACAUGCUCCGACACGACGAAACCAAGAAAACCACCUGCAUAGUAUGCAAAAAUAUGUAUUUCGGGGCAAAGGCACUGCUGCGGCACCAGAUUUGCAUGCACAAAGCCGAUAUUUUGAAUGAUCCAUCUCUUCUCUGGUGCAACACAUGCAGAAUGGAAUUUAAGACUUUAAACCUGCUAAAAUAUCACAUAGAUAAGGCUCAUAUUAAGAAGCAAACGAAAACGGUGGAGAAGAAAUGCCUGUGCGAUAUAUGCGGACAGGGAUUUAAGGACAGUGAUAACUUAAAAAAGCACAAAAUCUCCCAUACAGAACAUAGACCGUUUGAGUGCAAGGAAUGUGGAAAAGCCUUUAAGCACAAGUACGUUCUCACCUAUCAUGAGCGAAUUCAUACAGGCGAACGUCCAUACACUUGCGGAUAUUGUGCGAAGAACUUCAGACAAUGGACACCGUACAAGGUCCAUUUGAGGGGACACACCGGCGAAAAACCUUAUGUGUGUAAAUUAUGCAGCAAAGGUUUCACCACGAAUCAAGGUCUGAAGCUUCAUAUCAAGAGCUGUUUUAAUACAAGUGAUAAUGAGGCGCCAGUUUUCCAUUCCAAUAUUUCCAAUGGGCUCUUGAAGGCAGAAGACUUGUGUGAAGGAAGGCACAAAAAUACAUCCUCAAUUCAGUAA